CAGUCCUGCUGUAGAGCAGAGGAGAGCAGAGGUCGCUGCCAAAAACCCUAUUUCCCCGCCGCCGCCGCCGCCCCAAUUUCCUCUCCACACAAGCACCGGCAAUGGCGGCACCACAGUGGCCUACUUCGGCGACUACGGCGUCGGCGUGCAUCCCGGAUUCGGCACGCGGCACACACGUCUUCACGGUCGCCGGCUACAGGCUGCACAAGGGCAUCGGCGUCGGCAACUUCAUCCGAUCUGCCACCUUCGCCGUCGGCGGCUACCACUGGUGCGUCCGCUACUACCCCGACGGAUUCAGCGCUGAGUACAAGGACUAUGUUUCAGUCUACGUCGAGCUCCAGAGCAAGAACUCCGUGGUGAGGGCGCUCUACGACCUGAGGCUUACCAACCGGGCCACCGGUCUGUCGUCACUCAUCUUCUCCCGGCCGUCGUCCUUCCCGGCGUUCGACUCCUGCAAGAACGACCAUGUCAGGGGGGCUUACAUGUUCAUGAAGAGGGACCUCCUGGAGGCAUCCCCGUACCUGCAGGACGACUGCAUCGUGAUCCAGUGCGAUGUGACUGUUCUCCUCAAGAAAAUACCGGCCGUGGCCACCGCCACCACCAAGACGCCUGAGGAGAUCCAGGUGCCGCCGUCGGACCUAUUGAACAAUCUCGCAAUGCUGCUUGAGGGGAAGAAAGGGGCGGACGUGGUGAUGAAAGUCGGUGAGGAGACCUUCUACGCACACAAGAUUGUGCUCGCGAUGCGGUCUCCUGUCUUCGACGCCGAGCUCUACGGGCCAAUGGCAAUGUGGGACAAGGAGAAGCAGUGCAUACAGAUUGUGGACAUGCAGCCUGCCGUUUUCAGAGCAUUGCUUCACUUCAUAUACACAGAUUCAUUGCCUGCCAUGGAUGACCUCCUUGACAGCCAUGACAAGAGGGAGAUGAUCAGGCAUCUGCUUGUGGCUGCAGACAGGUAUGCCAUGGACAGGCUCAAGCUGAUGUGUGAGGCCAUCCUCUGCAAGGGUCUAGAUGCCGAGAGUGUGGCGGCCACGUUAGCUCUAGCUGAUCAGCAUCGUUGCAGCAAGCUGAGAGACGCUUCAAUUGAGUAUAUCAAGCUCUUCUGUUAGAAGUUAGAACAGAGGAAAUGUCUGAUCGCCUGACCAGAGAGCAUGUAUUGCUGUCAUUAUAGCUUAUAUAUGUAUGUAUGUGAUAUGCACUGCUGUCUUUUAGAUCAUGUUGCCUUAUCCUGAAGUCUUCAUAUAUAUUUGGGAGGAGAUGAGUAAGUUUAUCAGAAAUUAU